CUAGAGCAGCAUUACGCACGGCGAUAUUGGAGGAGUGACUAUAUUCCUGGAUCAUUGGAUUCUAAUCUCUAGUUCUUCUGACAUUUGCGAUACAUUUGGAACUAGCUCUGGAGCUGUGAAUAAGGAUUGUUUAUUCGUGGAAGAGCAUCUUUGAACUGUGUUUUUCGUGGGCUACACUCUGCAUUGCCCAGGAGUAUUACGCGCAACGCGUAAUCUCCUUACAUUGGUGGGCAGCAGCUCGACGCACCCGGUCUCGUCUCUUUUGGAAAGACAAAGGGUGCAAAACAACAAAAUGAUACGAAGGGACAAUUUGGAGGCAGAAUGGAUUCAACCCAGUUAAAUCCGUUGGUGGGAAACGUGUCCAACGAUGAGAACAGCACGGACGCACCGCUUUCCUUUCCACACACGACGGCAGCCGCUGCAAUCAUCAUCCUGGUGGUUAUUGUGAUUAUUUUGGUGACAAUUGUCGGAAAUGUGUUGGUGAUAGUAGCGGUGCUGACCAGCCGCGCUCUCCGUGCGCCCCAGAACCUGUUCCUUGUCUCUCUGGCGUCAGCGGACAUCCUGGUGGCCACGCUGGUCAUCCCCUUCUCCCUCGCCAAUGAGGUUAUGGGGUACUGGUACUUUGGAAGUACUUGGUGCGCAUUCUACUUGGCGCUGGACGUGCUGUUCUGCACCUCAUCCAUCGUGCACCUGUGCGCCAUCAGCGUGGACCGCUACUGGUCCAUCACGAAGGCGGUGAGCUACAACCUGAAGCGGACACCGAAGCGCAUCAAGUCCAUGAUCGCUGUGGUGUGGAUCAUAUCUGCGAUCAUCUCCUUCCCUCCUCUCCUCAUGACCAAACACGACGAGCGGGAGUGUCUUCUGAACGAUGAGACCUGGUACAUCCUCUCGUCCUGCAUGGUGUCCUUCUUCGCUCCGGGUCUCAUCAUGAUCCUGGUUUACUGUAAGAUCUACAAAGUGGCCAAGCAGCGCUCCUCCACCGUAUUCGUGGCCAAAAACGGUCUGGAGAGGCAGCCCUCCCAGUCGGAGACCUGCUUCGUCAGGAAGGACCAGAUUGAGACUGAGAGCCCCAGCAGCCAAGACUCUUGCACCCGCCAACAGGGCCAGGGGGAGCUGGAUGACAUCGACCUGGAGGAGAGCUGCUGCACGUCGGACACCAAGCCGCGCAAUCAUCGCUUCACCAAGCGGAGGAAGGUGGAGGGGUCGGACUGCUGCCCGCCGCAGAGCUGCCGCCUCUCGUGGGCAUCGGCCCGGGCGUCGCAGCUCUACCCGGAGCAGACGACCCCGGCGGAGCGACCCCGGGUGGCCGCGGUCAACAAGACCAAAGUGGCCCAGAUGCGGGAGAAGCGUUUCACCUUCGUGCUGGCGGUGGUGAUGGGGGUGUUUGUGCUCUGCUGGUUCCCCUUCUUCUUCACCUACAGCCUCCAUGCGAUCUGCAGAGACAGCUGUUACAUCCCGGGCGCACUUUUCAACCUGUUCUUCUGGAUUGGCUACUGCAACAGCUCCGUGAACCCCAUAAUAUACACUAUUUUCAACAGGGAUUUCAGGAAAGCCUUCAAGAAAAUUGUGUGCAGGACUCCCAAGCGCACGUAACUCUAGAGGAAGACAAUGAUUUGGCCUCGAAUGCCUCAACAGUGCUGGGAAGGAAUUAUAUUUUCAAGACUCAGUGCUCUUGGCUGUAGUUCCCCUCCUGAAAUCAUUUUCAUGUAACUAUGAGAAGAAGAAAAAGAAUCCAGUCUUGUGUACAGAUUUAAAUUGCCAUGAAUAAAAUGUAAAGUGGAGCAAAAGAAAAUAAUAAGUUAAUUAUCCCAUUUUUAUCCCACUGGAGAUAUGUAAAGUUUUAAUGUAGGCCACUGAAAAGUUCUGCAAACAUGUACUUUUGAAGCAGAAACAGCAGGUGUUUGAUCAGGCUGCAGCGAGCAGGAGGGUACUUCAGAGUGGGGAUGACAUCUUGUGUGUAGCUGUAACAUUAGGUGUUUAAUAUUGAGAC